ACCAAGUAAAACUGAAAGCGCAAGCAGCCAGCGCGGGGUCCCCGCUGCAGUACCUGGCUGUGGUCGGCAGGGGGCGGGCUGUGGGCGUGCGCAGAGCUGUCAGGUUGGUGCCGUGUAGGGCCCUAAUGGUAAGGACUCCACCGACUGAAAAGGGGCAGAGUCUGCUGGGGGGCCAAGGCUGUUCUGCGAUGUCAUUGGACCUGUGAAAUGUCUGGAUUUUGUUUCACAACUGAUAACAGUUUUUGGUGGCAUUCUUGAAGUGGUAAUGCCAAUGAGAAAAGUUAACAAUCAAAGAAGAAGUCAGGGUUGGAAGACUGAAGGAUCUGAGUUGUCAUUACACAGUGAUGAGUCAAUAACGACUUUGCAGUGAAUGAAUGUGUAGUACCGUACUUCAGUGGGAAUUCCAGUGACGCGUCUCUGAGAUUCUGCCAGUAAUGCAGAGAGCUUAUAUAGUGAGAAAGAGUCUAAGCAUGAGGAGAAGAAAGCGGAAUAAACUGGCCCGCGGACUGUCAAAGAAACGCUUUUAUAUGGAGCAGACUCCAGAGAAUAUGAAGAUCGAGAAUGCAGUACAUUUUAGUCACCUUGUGCCGUUGAAUGGGAACAAAUUAUGGAACUGGAAUCAGUACCUGGAAGAAAAAGGAGCCGUAGCAGCACCAAUCAAACUGUUUACAAAGGAACAGUCAUUUCCAGAUACCAAAAAUGGGUUUGAAAUAGGCAUGAAGUUAGAAGGAACUGACCCACAUCAUCCGUCAAUGUUCUGUGUGCUGUCUGUGGCUGAGGUCCGUGGAUUUCGUCUUAGACUUCAUUUUGAUGGUUAUCCUGAUUGUUAUGACUUCUGGGUAAAUGCCAGUUCACCAGAUAUUCAUCCUGUGGGAUGGUGUGAUCAGACUGGACAUACAUUACAUCCUCCAAAAGGCUGUCCGGACAAUUCAUUUAAUUGGCCAAGUUUUUUGAAGGCAUCUAGAGCUCAGGCUGCACCAAAGUAUUUAUUUAAAAGUAUGACUACUGUCAUGGCUAACUCAGGAUUUCAAGUUGGUAUGAAACUAGAAGCAGUUGAUAGGAAGAACCCUUCAUUGGUGUGUGUUGCUUCAGUAGCAGACAUGGCUGACAAUCGUUUGUUAGUACACUUCGAUAACUGGGAUGAUUCCUACGACUACUGGUGUGAUGACUCCAGUCCCUAUAUUCAUCCAGUUGGAUGGUGUCAAGAAAAUGGGAGAACACUGACUGCUCCUCGUGGUUAUCCUGAGCCAGAACAUUUCUGCUGGGAAAAAUAUUUAAAUGAUACUGGCACUUCUGCAGCUCCAGUUGGUGCUUUUAAGGAGAAAGCACCACAUGGAUUUUUAGUGAAUAUGAAGCUUGAAGUUGUUGAUAAACGGAAUCCUGUAUUGAUACGAGUCUCCACCAUUGUGGACACUGAUGACCACAGAAUAAAGGUUAAUUUUGAUGGCUGGAGUCAGAAGUAUGAUUACUGGAUUGACGUAGAUAGUUCAGAUAUACAUCCUGUUGGCUGGUGUUCCAGAACAGGGCAUCCAAUAGAAGCACCACUUACAUCAGAUAACAUGAAGAACAUGACAGGUCUGACAUCAUGUCCUACUCCUGGCUGUAGAGGAAUUGGACAUGUCAAAGGUGCCCUUUACUCAGGUCACUACAGUGCCUUUGGCUGCCCUUAUUCAGAGAUUAACUUGAAGAAGGACAUGAUACUUCAGGAUCGUCUGGGAGGAGAAAGGCAGCUACUUUUCACAGCCAUCCCACUGAAACCAAAACUCAAACGCCUUUGGAGUAGCAGCUCACAUGGAGAGCCAUGGGAACAGCAGAAUGAGACAAGGUGUCCUACACCAGGUUGUGAUGGGUCAGGCCAUAUUACAGGAAGGUUUGCAGCACAUCAUCGCUUAUCAGGAUGCCCACUGGCUGACCACAGUCACAAUAACCGACAAAAUGGAACUAUAAGGCACAGACAUCUUGCUUCACUAGUAAAAAGAUCCAAGAAUCGUUGUAGACUUGUUCAACGAGCCAGACGUUUGAAAAUCAAAGAAAAGGAAGAAGAUAUUGACUUGCACAGUUUGUUGAGAGAAUACUCCAUUGAAAGCAUGCAGCAAGCCCUUCACCAGUCUGUUUUCAUGUCUGCCAUGUCAACUCAUCCCACGAAGGACCUUCCACUUUGCUGGGAGCAACACUGCAAGUUACUUCCAGGUGUUGCACAUGUCAAAGCCAGUCAGGUAGCCAAAUGGACUGUUGAUGAGGUAGCAAUGUUUGUGCAGACACUCCCUGGCUGUCAGGAACAAGCUAAGAUCUUCAAAGAAGAGCAAAUUGAUGGCGAAGCAUUCUUAAUGCUGACACAGAGGGACAUCGUGAAGAUAAUGAGCAUUAAACUGGGACCAGCACUGAAAAUCUUUAACUCAAUCCUAAUGUUCAGGAACGCUCAAGACAGUUUAUCAGGAUGUUCUUGAUUAGAAGAGAAAACUGCCAAUAAAUGUGUUCUUUGGUUCCCUAGACAAAAUGCACUACUAAUAUUAAAGCAAUAAACUAAGUCUUUGUUUA